UGUCUGCUUACCCUCAAAGGGGAGAUGGCGGCAGCCGCUUCGGCAACGUCAGGUCUGGAGGAGGAGCCACUGAGAUAAGCCAGCAUCCUUUAGCCUCCGACGGCUUCUUGGUGAGCCGAUUUGGAUAGAAACGAAGAGGCAAAGCUGGCGAACUGGCUUCUGGAUUGAGAAUCCGAAUCUCCCAGAGUUUAGAUCUACCGGCGCGGACCGGGAAGCGAAGCCUGCAGCCCCGAUGACACGAGACUCCACCUGCUGCUGUCCCCUCCUGAUGCCCUUGCUCACACUCUGGUCCUGAACUCCUCCGACUUGCAUCCACUUCCAAACCUCAACAGUUCUUUCCUAGCAGACGGAACCCUACCACCGCGUCACCAUGGCGAAGAUGCUGCCAGCCCAGGAGGCAGCCAAAAUCUACCACACCAACUACGUGAGGAAUGCCCGAGCCAUGGGAGUCUUGUGGGCACUCUUCACUCUCUGCUUUGCUGUCAUCAUGGUGGUGACUUUCAUCCAACCCUAUUGGAUUGGGGACAGCAUUGACACCCCUCAGGCUGGCUACUUUGGCCUUUACUCCUAUUGUAUUGGCAAUGCCCUCACAGGAGAACUCAUCUGUAAGGGCAGCCCUCUGGACUUUGGCACCAUUCCCUCAAGUGCCUUCAAAACAGCCAUGUUUUUUGUGGGCAUCUCUACCUUCCUCAUUAUUGGUUGCAUCCUCUGCUUCAGCCUCUUCUUCUUCUGCAAUGCAGCCACUGUCUACAAGGUGUGCGCUUGGAUGCAGCUAGCAGCAUGUGCAGGCUUGUCAAUAGGAUGCCUGCUUUAUCCUGAUGGUUGGGACUCCCCCGAGGUAAAGCGCAUGUGCGGUGAGAAGACAGACAAAUACACACUGGGAGUGUGCACGGUGCGCUGGGCAUAUAUCCUCUGCAUCAUUGGUAUCCUUGAUGCUCUCAUCCUCUCUUUCUUGGCCUUUGUGCUUGGCAACCGGCAAGACAAUCUCCUGCCCUCUGACUUUCAAGUGGAAAAUAAAGAGGAAGGAAAUGCAUGAGCAGUAAGACUGUGACCAUCUCAAGCAUUAUCUAUUUCUGCCUUUGGCUGAACUGGAUUGAGACAGUGAAACUUCCAACUUUAAAGCAACUCACGAAGGUUACCUGACACACUUGGUUGUCACAUACACCACUCCUCCUUUAAAGUCAUCCAUGAACAUUUGGCUACACUUUGACAAAAGGAACAAGAGAAACCACAAAAAGGGUGAUUGCAAAAUUGACUUCCUGCUUCUUGCAGGAAGCUACUUCAGUCUGUCCCUAAGACUGGCAUCAGCAACUAGAGUCCUUAGAUUGCUGCUCAGCUCCAAGAACCUCAUUUGUUCCCAAUGGCAAUUGCCCUGACUUCUUUUUAAGCCUUGAAAAAUGUCUCAAAUGUAGUAUGAUUUCAGGAUACUGUGAGAAAUUAAACGGAGAAGCUAGACCCAGCCACCAGUUUUGGAAUUACUAAUACUAUGCAGUACCAGAGAAGAGCCCACCACAGAAAGCUGUCAUGAGUAUCUGAAACCUGGACACACGCCUCAUUGAAAAUGCUUAGCUUUGCACGAAAUGACACUGAAGACAUUUCUCUGCAGAAAACUAUAUUUAUGUAAGAAUCAAUAUUUUCAUAACUUGUUUAACUGUUGCACAACAGACUGUUCCACAAGCUAUAGGUGGAACAGAAUUCUGCCCUCAGUAGUUGAGGGAAAUUAUUCUUAAUAGCAUAUUUCACAAACAAGUCUCCUGAUGCGAACCACUUUACAUCACGUCAAAUUGAAACAGACCAUACUAUUUACAUGGCAGUCAAUUUAGGAAUGUCUCAGCCAAUGGCUGCCAUCCUCCUUUGAGAGUUUUCUAUCCUGUAUGAUAAAUUGCUUUUGAAAUUGUCUCUUUCAAGUUAUUGUACUGUGAAUCAUAGAAUGCUGGUAACCAUAGUUAAGUUUCACAAUUUCUAGGUUUUGAAAUUCAUCUUUUCUUUUCUUAUGUUCAUGAUAUUUACCGAGAUUUCCCAGAGAUUAAGGUAACCAUUUACAAAGAUGAGCUAAAAUAUAGUGUCGUUGGUAGGCAACAAUUUAUAAUGAGGUCCUUGAUCACAACUAAAAUAGUCCAGUUUCAGCCCACUCCACUUUAGAUCUUUUCUGAAUCUAGGUUCUUUAUGUGAGCCAGUAUCCAGGGCAAUUCUAACCACCACCAAGCAAAUUUUAACAUUUUAAGGCAAAUGUUAAGGCAGGCCAGUGCACAGCUAAAUCAAGCUCCCAGUUCUACCAAGUGACAUUUUAGUUUAAAUUGAGAUAAUGAAAUGUCCAGCCUAAAAGUGGAAACUCAUAUGAACUGAGUAGUAAUUUCCUCCUUUCCCCUCCAAUUAUUCAGCAAUACUGCCCCCACUUCCAUGCGACAAUUACACCUGUACUACUUGUAUUCGAUUCAGGUUUCUCUGUGUCUUAUAGUCUGUUCUGGUGAGAGGUUUCACUGAAUGAAUAGA